AUGUCUAAACCAUCGUUGGCUUUCUGCAUUCUUCUGGGGCUUGUGUUUCUUUUCGGAGUUGAUGCAGAAAGUGGCAAGGUGGGAAUUUAUGAGCUGAGGAGAGGACAGUUCCAGAUCAAGUUAACAAACUAUGGCGCUACAAUUAUGUCUUUAAUGGUCCCUGAUAGGCAUGGAAAAUUGGCCAAUAUUGUCCUUGGCUUUGAUUCAGUUGACUCGUACAAGAAUGAUACAGUAUACUCUGGUGCCCUUAUUGGACGUGUGGCUAAUAGAAUUGGAGGAGCUCACUUUACUUUAAAUGGCAAAACCUACCAUUUGCCUGCAAAUGAUGGAAACAACACUCUUCACGGUGGUCCCAAAGGUUUCAGCGAAGUUAUAUGGAACGUAACUUCCCACAAAGUAGACAGUCACAUCACAUUUAGCUAUGUCAGUUCUGACAAAGAACAAGGGUUUCCGGGAAAACUUAAGGUUGUUGUUACAUACAUGUUCUUUCAAACCAACAAGUUGAUAGUGAAGAUGAAAGCAAAGCCCAUUGACAAAGCCACACCAGUGAAUCUAGCUCAGCACGGUUACUGGAACUUGAGGGGCCAUGACAGUGGAGACAUUCUCUCACACACAAUUCAGCUAUUUGGUUCACAAAUCACACCUGUCAAUGAGGAACUCAUUCCUACAGGUGAGAUCAAGCCAGUGAAGGGAACCCCAUAUGACUUCCUUAAACCUAAGGAAAUUGCAAGUCAAAUUCAUAAACUGCCUAAUGGCUAUGACAUAAACUACGUGGUGGACGAGAAUGGGAAUAAUUCCAAGCACUUCCGUAGAGUGGCUGUGGUAAAGGACUCAGUCUCUGGGAGGAAGAUGGAACUAUGGUCAAACCAACCUGGGGUACAAUUCUAUACCGGUAACAUGUUGAAAGAUGUGAAAGGCAAAGGUGGAUUCAUAUAUCACCGGUUUGGUGCUCUUUGCUUGGAAACACAAGGUUUUCCAGAUUCUGUGAAUCAUCCAAAUUUCCCAUCACAAAUUGUGUAUCCUGGUCAGAUAUAUAAGCACUUCAUGGUUUACAGAUUCACUGCUGAGUAGAACAUAACUUAUCUUAGUCCUCUACUUUUAGUUUGAAGGACACAAAUGUUACUGAUCUGUCGCAAUUCUUUGUAUGUGUGGUCUACUUCUGCACAAGGUCGCCUAAGAUGUGUUACUUCCAUUGUUCGCUAUGUCUGUGCAUGUGAGAUGUGAUUAACAGUUACGAUCAAGAGGCUUUUUUAGC